GAGAGUGAGGCGUGAGGAAGGGUGUAAGACUGGCGCCAGGUCUAGUUGUCUUAGCCUCAGAUACGGAACGUCUGACUUAAAAGAUGGAAUCCGACGAGAAAGAAUUUGAUAAAAAUCUCAAGGGUUUUAACGCUGUUCUGCCUUCUCCGGAUUGGCCAACUCUGGUUCCGCCUUUAGCCACUCAAGAACGCCCGGAGAUUUUAGUUGAAUUUGCUCCAUCCGAUAUCCGUCGCACUUCGGGUCGUCCUUCUCCAGGAUUUCUGAAAGUUGAAGGCAGUAGUACUGCAGCAACAAGCUUGACAGAUCUCUCGGACCUUGAACCUUUCCCUGCUGACUGUGCUGACUUGUACCUUCCUAACCCUAACAUCGUUCGGUCAACCCUUGUGGCGAAUAAUUCCAACAGUAAUAUUUCCUCAAGGCAUCAUUUUACUGAAGGUGACCCACACAUUGAACCUGGAUCAUCGACUCACCUUCUGGAAGCAGAAGGCUCAAGAUUAUAUACUAUUCACGACCCAAACGGCCAACAAAGUCUGUCCAAUCAGCCUAGUUCCAAAUAUAUCUUCCGAAAUCGGCAUCCAGGUCUCAUCACCUGUCCGCCAGACGUCUUUUUUCUUCACUGGAACUGGCCAGCGAUCCGUUUAGGUUGUCUUGUGGUGGUCGUAUCGUCCAUGGUAGCCAUGUUGUGUGUGAUUGUAGGACUGCUGGUGACGGGAAGGUCGUCUACCUGUGAUCCAUCACGAGCUUGGUGGCAGGGCUCCGUAUCCUAUGAAAUAUUCCCUGCCUCUUUUCAAGACUCCAACAAUGACGGAUUUGGAGACUUCAACGGCCUUCUUCAAAGAUUAGACUACAUAGAAAGUCUUAAAGUAGCAUCCAUCAGACUCAGUUCCAUCUUCAGUGCGCUGGAUUAUCCACUGGAAUAUAGCCAUGUCAUCGAUUUCUUGAAUGUUGAUCCACACUUAGGCCAAAUGAAAGACUUCUUAGAACUAGUAAAAGAGCUUCACUCACGAGGUCUGUACAUUAUGCUGGAAAUAAAUCCCACGAUGACCAGCGAUCAACACCCAUGGGCUGCACAUUGGUUUCUUAACAAAACGGGAGAGUACAGAUACUACUAUGUGGAAACCAAUCAAAGCUCGGAAGCUCUUCUUGACGGAGAAAUAGAAGAUGGUGAUAAGGAAAAUCCCAGCAGGCCCUUCGGUAGUUACUGCUAUCUUAACUGGUCCCACCCUGCUGUGAGAGAAGAGAUGAAUUGGGUACUUGAAUUUUGGUUGAAACAAGGGGUGGACGGAUUUUACUUGAAGUAUUUGGAGAAUCUUCAAGUUGUAGACCAUAGUGAACUGUAUUUUGUAAUGAGCAAGUGGCGUCAUCUACUGGACACUUACCACCAAGGAAAUGAUAAAAGGAAAGUGUUAAUGGUCCCAUUGGCGUUUGCGGAAUCCUUGAAAUCAGUUAAAUCCCUCUACACGACUGAGAUCCUUGGUCUCUGUGAUCUGUUAGACGUGCAACUCCAUAUCGACAUUAACCAAACGGAAGAUUUAGAGAAGCAGCUAUUUCAAGUUAAUCAGUUACCCGCCAAUCCAUGGUUGAACUGGAACCUGGGAAGCAGCGAAACAUCUCGUAUAGCCACGAGACUAGACGAUAACUAUCUUCUCGGUGCUAUAGUCUUCCUUCUUACACUACCAGGAUCAGUUUCUCUCUUUUAUGGAGAUGAGAUCAACUUGAAAGACUCAGUUGAUGUACUUACUCAAAAGGAAUACACCGUAGGUCAAUUGGCUCCAAUGCAGUGGACUGAUGCCAUGGAAGCUAACUUUACUGGAAAUGAAACAUUACCCUGGCUUCCUGUCCAUCCCAACUUUCGAGAUCACAACGUAAACUCUCAGUCCUAUAGCCUUGCUAUCAUUCGACGCCUAGUGGCUAUGAGAGAAAGCUCGCCUUCUUUCUGGAUGAAUAUGAUUCUUGAUGACGAGAACGAGGCUAGGCGCCCUUCUUUCAUCCUUCAUUACGUUGACCAUAGCAUGAUAGCCCUGGAAAGGUAUUACCCUCGAAAAAAGCGAUUUCUGAUUUGUGCUAAUUUUAGCGAAAAGAAUGUUACGAAAGACUUUUCUGAGUUUUUCUAUCAGGCAGAUGUGAUCUUAUCAACAUCUAGUAAGACCGGAACCUUGCGUCUUCGACAGAUCUUUCUGGAACCUGGAGAAGCGUUUGUUGCAGAGCUCAUUGGAUAAGGUGUUCCAUACAGACGGACUUACUCAAGUUGUAUAAUACUAUGAUUCGAUCAGAAUACGUGAAGGAGGGCUUCCUUCCGCGAACUUGAGUCCAUGAAAGCUGGUAUUAUUUUUACAUUGUGCUUUGUGAUUUUGGGAUAUAACUAAAA